AUGGCGACCCUUCUGGGCGGCGAGACCCAAUGCCCUGGUCUUCCCUCCUCGAUCGGAUUUGAGGGAUAUGAGAAGCGCCUUGAGAUCACCUUCUUCCCUGCUUCCACCUCUGCUGACCCAGAAACCCGGGGCCUACGUGCCCUCUCAAGAGCUCAGAUUGACUUCAUCCUGGAGGCCGCCCAGUGCACCAUCGUCUCCCAGCUCUCGAACCAGAGCUUUGACUCUUACGUCCUCUCAGAGUCCAGCCUCUUCAUCUAUCCCCACAAGAUCAUCAUUAAGACCUGCGGCACCACGAGGCUCCUCCUGGCCAUACCAAGAAUUCUCACCCUCGCUGCCGAUCGGCUGCUCUCAGUUUCCUCAGCGAGGUACUCCCGGGGGAGCUUCACCUUCCCCGACCUCCAGCCGGCCCCUCACAGGAGCUUCUCAGAGGAGGUGGCGGUCCUCAACAUCUUCUUCGGCGGGCUCUCCUCCGGCGGGCGCGCCUACGUGCUCAACGACAUGAGCUCCCCCGGCCGGAGCUGGCACGUCUACUACGCCACCCACAUGCCGGAGCCGCCUGCCACGGUGACGGUGGAGAUGUGCAUGACGGGGCUGGAUAGCCGCCGAGCCGCCAUCUUCUUCAAGGAGGUGGCGGCAGCAGAGGGAUCUCCGAUGACCGAGCUCGCCGGGAUUCAGGCCAUCAUGCCGGAGAUGGAGAUCUGUGACCAUGAAUUUGAGCCAUGCGGGUACUCCAUGAAUGGCGCCAAUGGGCCGGCUCUGUCCUCCAUCCAUGUCGCCCCUGAAGACGGAAGCAGCUAUGCAAGCUACGAGGCGAUGGGAUUCGACCCGGCGGCGGUGGACUGCAGUUUGCUGGUGGAGCGGGUGCUGAGGAGCUUCAGGCCGGCGGAAUUCUCCAUGGCGGUGACGAUCUUCGGUGGCCGCCGGUGGGCGGGCUCGUGGGGGAGGGAGGUGGGCGCCGCCGGCUAUGCCCGCCGCCACGUGAUCGAGAGGGAGCUCCCCGGUGGCGGCCUGCUGGUGUACCAGAGCUUCUCCCUGAGGGAAACCUCUGUGGUGCCACUCCUAGGUUACUGGCGCAGGGAGGAGGAAGAAGCAGAGAUGGCGGCGGGAUUCAAGGUGAUGUCGAGACUCUGA